GAAAAUACCGGUACUAUUUAUUGAUCAGGUGAAUUGCAUUUUUUCUUGUCUGUGUAAAUCAUGAGAUUACAUAAGCCGCCAUGUGUCGCGCUGCCAAUGUACCUGUACAGAAUACUUGUAGCGUAAAUUAUUGUUUCUUAUACCAUUAUCGACGUGUGUAAUAACCGCGUCUGGAUUGUGUGUGCACCACAUGGAUUAUGACAGAAUCAUUGGACUAGAAUUAGUGGAUAUCAGGUUCUUAUUAUUUUAAUUAUGCGGUAUCAUGUCCGCUGUGGGCUGGGCGGCGUACGGAAUUCGUGAAGAAACUUAACUUAUUUAUCUGUACCGUUUUCCCAAGAAACGGCUGCGGCAGAAAAUGCAACGUUAAGUGCACGCGCUCCGCGGAAGACGGCGGAUAUUUUUACGGAGGAUUUUUUGGAUUACGUCUUUGGUUUCCGUAUCUGCCUGUGUCGAGCAAUACUUUCUCCACCGGCAGCGCAGCACACAGCGCAGAUUACGGAAUCCAUCGACGCGCGAGCGCGGCAUUGAAGCUCCAAUGUCCAGCGGAAGUGGCAUACUCGAAACGACACUAUCCACACCGUCGGCACUGCAUUAGGGGUAGCCAGGCAGGAGACAUGCGGGGGCGUACGCGCUGCUAAUUCGCCGUACACAUCCAGUGAACCAUGACACUAACGACCUGCAUGCGACCGGCGGGGAUCUGUGAUGGAUACGAGUGCCGUUAUUGCGGAUUACAUGUUGAUGAGUGUGUCCAAGAAAAUGAGGCUUGUUUGCAGGACGAGCAGUAUAAGACCGAUGCGGAGCUGCUGGAAACAUCCACCGGUAAGGUACUGCGCACGCUGGCCCAGCAGCGUCUCGUAUUCUCCGCGGCGCAUACAAUGGCCGGCCACAAUAAUGCCGAUCACACCGCGGUGUACUACGCCGAUCUUCCCCUAUCGAACGCACGCCAGCCUGACCUAAAUACCUUCACAUUCCACACCAGCGGAGCCAUUGAACCGGUGGAAGAUGUCAUUAUCUACUCCACCGACACACCCUCCCCGCGCUUCACCAUCCGCACCAUACCCCGCCCCCUCCACACACCGACCCUAUCGGAAGUGUCGGUCGAUACCGGCCAGGCGGUCUCCGACAACUGGGAUAUGGAUGGCGGCGGCGAGAUCGUGCAGUUGGAUGACGAUGAAGUGCUCGUGGAUGAUCCCAGUUUAACACCGAUUUUUUAUGAACAAUCUCCGCGGCUCAACCAGAUGGAUGGCGAUUCGUUGGGCGGAUUCUCGUCGGACGGCAGUGUGUCGGAGUGCACCGAGAUCCCGGUGUCCUUUGCCACGGAGGUGGUCAUUCCGGCACAAGGCCCGGCGAAAACGGUGAUCUCGUUCUAUCCGCAUGGAGACAUUGAAGAGUCACCGGGACGACGCUCGGUGAGGAGAGUGACGCAGUCCAUGAUCUCACAGUCGGAGGAGACGACGAAGCGAAAAGUGUAUUAUAGACGAGAGGAUGUUAAUCAUCAUGUGCCAAAGAUUCUGGAUAAACGGAAAACUGUAGGCCUGCGGAAUGCAGCCACCGGUGCAGUUGGAAGAGAUCGCGGCUUUGUCUCGCCUGAUUUUGUUGUGCCACCUGGUGACCGAACAAAUACGGGGAUUGUACAGUCACCCUCGGCUUACCUACUCACCAGUGAAUCACCCAUUGACAACGCGGUGCCCGAUACCGUACCGGAAGCUGUACGCUUAGUGCCGGAUGCCGAUCUCUACCGUGUAUUCUAUCCCGACCGCCUCCAUCGUACCACGUCACCACCGGCCGCCGCAGCAGCAGCAUCCGCUCCACUGACCACAGCACACGUGCACCGGCCGCCAUCUACCGGCAGCGGUAAUGCAGCGGCGGCACGUUCACGCUCUCAACCCGCUGCGGAUCACGAUCAGGCGUACGUACGCACCGCCUCCCUCUCUCCAACCAUCGACAGCUGGAGCCGCAUUAAACCAACAUCAUCAGCCGGCACAACCAAUCACCGCACGGCACUGGUCAGCGUGGAGCAGCAGCGUCCAUUGAGUGCCGGUGUUGUUGAGUCGGCCAAGGACACUGACGGAUGGCUGGCGGUUAGUCAGCCACGGCGGCAACCAGUUGAGCCGGUUGUUGAUGUCGAUAGUGGUGUUGUGAAUGGUAGUAAGAAGGCGGUGAAGGGAAAAGGUAAAGCCCGCGUUGAAUGGGAUGAACGGGUGGAUGUGGUGGAAAGCAGGAAGAAGAAGGAUAGUCAGAAGGGACGAUAUCGUACGGGAUUAACGGGACAGUAUUCGACUACUGAUACAACGUACGCCAACGUGGACACAAUGCCGGCCUCCAGCACCACGUACAGUCUGCACAAGACGCCGGUGGUACACAACAAAAUCUCCCCAUUGUUGCGCGUCUUCGAACCGACCGGCGGCGGUCGUGUCGACCGUGACGGCGAUGCAUCGACGCUCAGCUCCAUGACCCUGCCGUUCCACCUGGACAGCAAGGCCAAACUAGCCUCCUCCAAAGCCAGCAGUGUGUCGGACGUGCUGGACAACUACCCGGUAUCCCCGUCGCCCAGUCUGGCUGAUUCGGCACUGAGUUAUACAUCGCGCGGCAGUGGGAACCGCGUGACACGGCGUAGCCACGCCACCAUCUACCUCAACGAUGAGGAACAGCGAAAAUCCCGCUCCAAAGUGGACUUGACGGUAGCCAGUGAGGCCGGGGUGGAGCGGGAUGAGGUGCGGAAAUUCCCCGAGGAACUGCUGCUGCGGCGCUCCAGCUCGGCAUCCUCCUCGACCUCCGGCCGCGGUACGGUGCAGAAGAUGACGAUUACCAUGCUGUUGAGUGACAAGAAACCGGACGACACACCUCCGGCCAAUCAGCACCGGCCUGACGUGUCGGCACGGCCCGCCUACUCCGCAGCACCGGUACGUGCCGCCAGCGCCAGCGUAUUCCGCUCGCAGAUGUUGCCAGUGAAGUUGUCAGACGGUGAACUACAACGUCGUGCCUAUUCAUAUCGUCAACGCGAUAAUAAACAGCCGCUGAGUGCCAGUGAGGUCGAGUUGUGUCGACCGGAGUAUCUUGUCGCGGUGCAUCAGCAUCAUCCGCAAAUCUUGAGCAUGAGCAGCAUUUCUAAUUAUGAACCGGUGUAUGAACGCCGGACACCGUCCCGGGUGGUCAGCCGGGAGGGACGGGAACUGGAGGCCAUCGUCUCCAAACCGGUGCCCUAUCGCUCCUACGAGCGUCUGGAUGUGGAGAAUGAAGACGGCGGUCGGGUCAUCCGCGAAGUAAAGGAAGAACUGAAGAACAACGUCGUCACCGUGCAAGUGCAUGAGAAAGGCGAUAAACUGUCCAAGGAUAAAUUGGCGGAAGUCAAAAACGAUGAAUUGAAGGAUUCUGUGGCUACUAACGGGAAGAUUGGCCGGAUGGCGGAGAAGGGGGAGUUGGCGCUGGAGAAGCCGGCCUCUCCGCCGCGAUCACGGCGAGAAAAGUAUGAACUGCACCAGGCCAUGUCGUGGAAGCGGGAUAUUGAAUUGCGACCGGCAUCGGAGGUGGAUGGCCGGUUGAGUGGUGUGCUGGUGGAGAGAGGCCAGUUGGAGCCGCCGCCACGAGUUGAGCCGGUUGCCGUGCGGGAGGUGACCAGAGUGGCGGAAGCCAGUCGCGCUGUCUCAGCGCCCAGUUAUAAUGCCGUGUAUCAGCCGCCGCGUCCAGUCUCGCCGCUGCACGCGCACACCUCCAUGAUUUCAUCCACCAUGUCCGCCACGACCACCACGCAUCGGAGUAUUCAGUAUCGGAGUAUUUUUGAUAAAAGUUAUACGGAUGGGCGCGUGAGCGAAUUACGCAAAUCCGCCAGCGAUCUACGUGCCUUGGCCGGCAGUAGUUUGGAUGACACUUCAGGCGUCCGACCUGAUCAGGUUACCUCGUACAGUAGCUAUACACUGAAGAGCGAUUAUACCGCCGCUGCCCCACGACGACCUUUCGCUGACCACAAUGCCGGCAGUAAUUUUGUCAGCCGUGGUGAUUUCAGCUACUCAUUCCCCAAUAAAUCCCCGACGUCCACGUAUCAGACUGAUUACAAGGAAAAUGUAUUGCCGCGUUACGGCAGUAAAUCCCACGAUACAUUUAAUAAAUCCAGCGAGACGGUUGGCAAAUACACGGAUUACACCACCACGGCGCGGCCGUAUAGAGGCGCGUAUCUACCGGCGGACGAGAAACCGGUGGUGGCGGAUAAAGCGUAUAAAUGUUCAUAUCCGCCGGCUCCGAGGGAGGAAAAGCCGGUCGUGCCGGAUACCGGGUAUAAAUGCACGUAUCCACCGGUGCCGCCGGUGCGCGGUUCCUCCCGUCUGACGGAAACAGAGAAAGCCGGUCUAUCCAAGGACAACGUCCCGGUGUACCGGAAGACGGAGAAAGAUCCGGAGUAUAAGUUGAUUACGCAAUAUAAAAGCACUCCAUUGCUCACCACGGAGUCGACGUACGUGCGGGACUUUGUUAAGAAACAGGAAGAAUCCGUCAGCUACCGACCGCGUGAGACCGAUUCGUAUAGUUAUAAACGUGAACCGUUGCGAACACCGGAGAAAGUAACGGAAAAACCGCCGGAGCCGUUCAGCUAUAAAACGCGUGAGUCGCCGAUGGACACCAGAUCGGCGUUCACUGUACCGGAGAAAACAACGGAGAAACGCUCCGAAUCGUUCAGUUACAAAUCCUUCCAACCGGCAACGGAGCACCGCCCCGCCGCGUUCAAGACGCCCGAGCCGGUGGUGGAAAAAGUUGAAAAAAUCACCGCGGAGCCGCGUUCGGCCAGUUCAUCGUGGGCGUAUGGGUAUAAACUACCGGAAGAGGUGCACGUGCGCACCAGCUCGCAGUCAUCGGCCGGUACACUGCCGCGCGAGAAAAAAUCUCUGGAACCGGCCAUCAUUGAAUCCCUGCGCACGAAGAAACCCUCGCCGCCCUCCUCACCGGAUAUCCGUCCGAAAGACUGGGUGCCGCCCUGCAAAGCCAAGAUCCUACAGGCCAAACGGAAGUUUAUGAACCAGCAGUCCGGACCCGUGGCCCCGCCGGUGCGCAUCGACCCCUGGGAUAAAUACAAGGGUGGUUCGCGCGAUAAGUUGCAGCUACGCAUGAGCCGGGAGAGUCUGGAGGCCAUUAACCGGGAGGCGACCCGCGGCUCGGUGCGACGGGAUAACCGGUAUUCCAUGCCGGAUCUGCGGGGGUCACAGAAAACGCUUGCCGAUCCCUCCGUGUAUCGCAGUAAGAUCAACUGGCCGGAGCGUGAUAUCCAGCGAAAAUUGUCGGAAUCACAGGAAUAUUUGGAGCGGCGUGGCCGGUCAGACUACGAUGCGCCGACGACCUCGUUCGCUAACCGGUGGGAUUCGCGGUCACGCAGCUUGCCGCCCAUGUCACGGUAUUCGAAGAGUGCGGCGACCACGCCCAUCGAGUCCCCGUAUCCGGAAUACAUUGAUUCCAAUAAAGCCAAGAGUAUGGAAUUCCUGGCGGAUGUGAAAAAGUACGACUACCAGAUUGUUCCCGAGAAUCAGCUGCAGCGGGAAAACAUCUCUGGGUAUUCCCGUUCCCGUGGUCCCGGGGACGAGAAGGAGGAUAAUCAGUACGUGGAGCAGGUGCGGAAAUCUCUACAGAAACUGGACUUACCGGAUUGGUACGUUAAUUCCCCGUAUUCCCAACCGGGGGUGAUGGAAGGGACGUUACUGCGGCAUCGUACCCAUUCGGCCACCGACAGCAACUAUUCCCCGUAUAACACGCUGGACCGGUCGGAACUGACAUCACCCACCGGCACCAUGCAUUCAACGGACGCCGUGGUCAUCUCCAAACGGAUCCUGCCAGAGAGCUACCACAAGACCAGCGUGACGGAGAGUAAGAAGAGUCUGUCCACUUCCCGGGAAGACAAAGUGUGGGAUCUGUACACCGGGCCGUUUUAUAACAAGAAAUCCCGCCCGACCCCCAUCUACUCGCCGGCCUCCGAGAGCCACUCCCACCGGCCGUAUAAUCCCCAUGAUUCCGGCUGGUCCAGUGACUGGAACAGCCAUCACGAGUCCAGUCAGGAUUCCGACGAGUCCAACACGGAAUCCCGCACCAGUCCGCGCAACUGGACGGCGCAUUCGGGAUCCGACUGGUACCGGUCUCCAUUGGGGGAGCGGCGCCGGGAGAAGAGUGAGCCGUCCCGCGUCCACCACCGCCCGGUGACGGAGGGCCACCGCUACGAGGAGGCGCCGCGGAUGUACUUUGAUCCCAUCACCAAGACGGAACGGCGGGUCAUCAAUUCGACGCCCUGGGAGGUGACCUCGGUCAAGACGGAGACCUUCAAGACGGAGCGCGUAGCCAAGAAGAAUUUCAUCACGGAGACCAAUGAUCCGGUGAAGAUUGCCCAGUUCAAUCAGGACAGCUCGCAGUGGGGAAGUUAUGUGUGAGACGAUGGACACGGUGGUUUUGUUGUUUUUCAGAUUAUAUUAAGAUGGAACAAAUGUUUUAAUUAUAACGGCUCAUAUUUCUAUUGUACGACGGUAUUCCGUUUUCGGGGGAACCGGUAUAAUUUAAUCGCGAUGUGGGAUGUACGCAAAACACAGCUAUGGAAUAACGAGUGAGAAAUAUUUGUGGCAGCUAUG